AUGGAGAUCGAGAAUAUCGUCGCCAACACUGUCUAUAUUAAGGCGCGAGAGAGCGGUGGCCAGAAGAAGGGCAAAAGCAAGAAGUGGAAAAAUUACCUCCAGUUCCCGCACUACACCGAAUGCCUCUACCUCAAGGGGGAAAUCGAUUCGACAUAUGGGUACGUCGUGGAGAAGCAGCCGAUCGGGAAGCUUCUCUUCCAAGAAUUUAGCCAGGCAACGCAUCAAUAUGGGCAAAGCUGCAAUUUUUUAAAUAAGAUCGAGGAGUACGAAACGUCCGACGAUGACGGCGAGACGAGAAGAAAUCUGGCGAAAGCCAUUGCAAAUCUGCUGGCGACAAAUCUUGAUGUUAUCCCCUCGUCUUCCACCGAAGAGUCGUGGUGGUCAUACCUGCCCGAAGAAGCGGUGCAAGGGGUCCUGGCUGCAGCCGACUCGGCAGUCCAAGAACCAGAGCCCGGAUCGGAGAUCUUUUCCGAGAGUUAUAAACUCGUCCGAAACUUCCUCGCCGACGUCCCGUUUAAGAAGUUUCUGGAAUCGCCGUACUUCCGACGGUAUUUGCAAUGGAAAUGGCUAGAAGAGCGGCCCGUGGAUAAGCACACGUUUCGGUUGUAUCGCGUGCUUGGAAAGGGUGGCUUCGGCGAAGUAUGCGCGUGUCAGGUACGCUCAAGCGGCAAGAUGUACGCGCUGAAAAAGCUGGAAAAGAAGCGGGUGAAGAAGAGGCACGCCGAAACGCUAUCCCUCAACGAAAAGCAGAUCUUGCAGCGGAUAAACUCGCCGUUUGUGGUAUCUCUCGCCUACGCCUACGAGACAAAAGACGCCCUGUGCCUUGUCCUCACAUUAAUGAAUGGAGGUGACCUCAAGUUCCACCUCUACAACCUGAUGCCCGGCGGUUUUGAGGAGCGUCGUGUUCAGUUUUACGCGGCUGAAAUCACCCUGGGAUUGCAGCACCUCCACAAGGAACGGAUACUAUAUCGAGACCUGAAACCGGAGAAUAUUUUGCUGGAUGAUUACGGGCAUGUGCGAAUUUCGGACCUGGGGCUGGCGGUGGAGUUGAAGGAGAAUGAGCCGAUAAAGGGGCGAGUCGGGACCGUUGGGUAUAUGGCCCCCGAAAUCAUCAAAAACGAGCGGUACUCGUAUGGCGUGGACUGGUGGGGAGUUGGUUGUCUUAUUUAUGAAAUGAUCGAGGGAAAGGCCCCAUUCCGGCAACGAAAAGGAAAAGUAAAACGGGAAGAAGUCGAAAGAAGAGUGAAAGAAGAUCAGGAAAAGUAUUCGGACAAGUUUUCGGAAGCCGCCAGGACGUUGUGCAGAGGUCUUCUCCACAAAGAGCCAACUUUCCGACUUGGCUGUAGAAGGGUUGGACGACCUGAAGAUGGUGCCGACGAGAUGCGAUCGCAUCCCUUUUUCACGCACGGUGACAAUAACACCGGCAGGGAGCCGGUGCCGUGGAAGAAAAUGGAAGCUGGAAAGCUGAGCCCACCAUUCUGCCCCGAUCCGCGAGCCGUCUACGCCAAAGACGUGCUCGAUAUCGAGCAGUUCAGCACGGUCAAAGGCGUUCGGUUGGAUGCUUCUGACACCCAGUUCUACGGAAAGUUCAACACCGGCUCCGUGUCGAUACCUUGGCAAAAUGAGAUGAUCGAGACGGAGUGCUACACCGAGUUGAACGAGUUAUAUGUUAAUGGGCAAUUAGUCCCAAACCUUCGGCCCGACUGUGCGCCCGGUGAACCCGGUGCUCGGAAUGGCCACAGCGACAAGCCCGGGUUCUUCUCGCGACUCUUCAAGCGAAAGGUUGGAUGCGGCAUAUUC